GAUGUGGAGGAGGUCUGUGUGAGACAGGGUGGGCGGCGAAGGAGCGAUGCUGCCGAUGUGCUUCGCAACCGCAUCAACAAUGAAAUGCCGGCCCCGGAUGCAUCUGUUCCUGGUGAACUUUUGGGUCGUGAAGGAGCCCAAGAGAGGCGAACAUUUCAAAAAAUUCGGAGAAUUCAGAAGAUUGCCCGUGGCACGGCUGAAAAUGAGCGGAAUGUGGAAUCAGCUAUGUUCCAAGUCAAACCUUCCAAGUUGGUUGUUCCGACCAGAGACGAACCGCUGUCGAUGUUUGAUCCGGCCACCUGGGGCAUGUCGUUUCCGGAUUUGUUUCCAUGGGGUGAUGGCUUGCCUUUUUUGAAGCGUGAAGCCAACAUGGAUGCAACAGAAGUGUUUCGAUAUUUGUUGCUUCGGGAAGAACUGCAUUACAGUGAGGGUGAUGCCUUGUUGCCAAGAUGGUCGCUUUCAGAGCUUCCAGUGAUGUACGACGUGCAGCGUCGAUUGCAGUUGAUGCGUGCGACGAAAGCGCAUGUGAUGCGUCGUGGCUUUGGCAAACAUUGUCGUGUUAUUUCUGAAGUCAACACGGACCAAUUGCUCAAGGCAAUGGCAUUGCAUGGAGACAAUGCGGACCUCGGGGAGUUGCUGCGAGAUCCGCAGGUGGAUGUGGCCUUGAAGCGAGCAUUGGGAGGAGUGCUUCAGGCAACUUCGAGCAUCAUUGGCAUGGAAGGGCACCGCAGCCAGAUCCGGUUGCGUGGACAUGCGGCUGGGUGGCAUUAUGGUUCUGCGCAUUUGUUCGUCACGCCCAACAUCGCAGAUAUGCGCUCGUCCUUGCUACUUCAAUUGCACCUGCAGAAUGUCAAAGUGGAAGAGUGCAAAAUUGAUUUGGACUGGGAGGCGGAGAUGCCCGAAUUGCCCAGCGCAGCUGCUAUGCGACGGAUUGUCGCGAGCGAUCCCGUCGCUCAAGCGCGUUGCUUUGCCUUGAUGAUGGAUUUGUUCUGUGAGGAGGUGUUGGGCAUUCUUCCACCUUUGACCAAGGGAAGUUUUCGUGUUGGCGUGGCAGCAACCUUCGAAGAUGGCAUUGCGAGUUCCCUGCAAGGAGGUGUUUUCGGUGAUAUUGUGGCGUUGAACGGCCCGUUGGAGACUCAGGGUCGUGGUUCUUUGCACCCCCACAUGCUUAUUAUCUUGCUGGGACACGAUCUGGGAGAUCGCUUGCGGAAACUGAUUCAUCGAGUGCAGCAUGGUGAGUUGGUCGUUGAGUUGCAGCGGUGGAGUCGUCGUGUUUUGGAGGCUGUGCAGCGUUUUCAGUAUGAUUCUCAAUUGGCCUUGUCGGAGCAGUUGAGCAGUCCGACAGAGCCACUGCCUCUGAAUGAACGUCAGCGAUCAGAAUGUGGUCACCAGUAUGAAUCCGCGCCUUUGGUGCCUACGGAGCCGGAUGGACACGAAUUGGAAGCUUUGAAGUUGGGCGGAUCCGUGGCUGGCAAGGUUUUGACAUUGACCGGAUGCUAUGCUUCUUUGCGACCCAAGUAUCUGCGACGCAGUGAACGUUCUGCGGGAGAUGGUCUUGAGUGGAAGAAAAAAUUCUGUGAGGAUUACAGACGUUUGGUGAUCCAGAAAGCCGUGAAAGGCAAACGUGGGUGUCGCUUUGGUUGCUUUCACGUUGAAAUGAUUCUGGGCAAGGAGGACAAGCCGAAAGUGUUAUGUCGGAAAGGUUGGCCUCGAGUUGCGAAAGCAGGCUUUUCUCGGUUGCAAUAUGAGACAGUAGAUUUGAAGGAGGUUGAAGAGUUCAAAAACGAAAACCCGCAUGUGUUUCAAGCUCGGCGUGAUCACCCUUUUGAAGGGAUGUCGAACCCGGUGGCGCAAGCAGUGAUGCGAUGCAAUGUGGAUGUCAAGUACAUUGGACGCAAUUUUUCAGAAGCAGACCUUUUGAAGUUUUGUGAUGGGAGCAUAGACCAGGAGCCUGGAGUCGAAGUUCCUCCUGCUUCUGCAUCUUCUCUGUUGGAACUGUCCGGGAGUGGAUUGCAGGAGAUGGAACUUCAACGCCCGGCGCUUGGUUCGUCUUCGGAUGCUAUAUCGGGUGCUGAUGCCUCACAUGCAGAGCAACCUGUGUCGACUGAGUUGGAUGCUUCGGAUCCGCCGCCGAAGAAGCAAUGCAUGGGUCGUGUUUUGGACACGGAGCAUAAGAAGAUGCAGACGAUGAGAAAGGCGCUUGAUCGCAUUCUUGUGGACCUUGCAAGAGAUAUGAUGAAUGUUGGUUUUUACACUGGUGAGUAUGCUGCAAAGAAGUUUGAAAUUUCGUGCUACGAUCUGAAGAGCGCGUACAAGCAAUUUGCGGUGCAUGGUUCCGACAGGGACCACCUUCACAUGGCUGUCCGGUCGCCAGUGGGCAGCGCUAUCAGACUGAUAGGCUUCAACGCCUUGCCUUUCGGGGCAAUUGGAAGCGUCGCGGGUUUCCUGCGGGUCAGUCUUGCAGUCUGGUUUGUGGGCCUAGUUGCAUCGCGGCUUCGUCAGAUGUGGACGGAGGCAGUGGAGACCUACCUGGAGGAAGCACCACCUGCUUCCUCACUCCAGGCACGUUGGGAUCAGGUGAGCGCCCUGUGUAGAGAGAAGGCGGUUCAAAUCUGUGGAGUCUUGGCCCGAAGAACAGGGGCUCCUUGGUUAGCAGAGAAAGAAACGGAAGUUAAACAAUUGGACACCUGGAUUUCCGAAGCACAAGAAGCAGAUCGACAGAUUCGUAAUAACCCACACAAUUUACCCCCAGAAGAAUGGACACAACAAAAACGGCGCAAACGCCACCAAUUACAGGCAGCCAGACAGCACAAAGCCCAGACACUGCAGCAAUGGGAGGAAAAUUGGCUCACACAGCAAGCUCACCUGGCGGACCAAGCGUCUGCCAGACAUGACAUGGGCACUGUAUUUCGCAUUGUAAAGGACCUAGCUAACGUGGAGGACACACAACGCAGGUUUGGUUGUCGCACAGAACAUCAUCCGGAGGAGAUCGCGGAAGAAUGGAAACAACAUUUUCAAGCCAUACAACUAGGCAAGAUCAUUGUACCCGAAGAGUUUUGGCAGGAUAUCUUACCACUUGAUACCGAUGCAACAUGA